AUCGCGCUCGCACGCGCGAAGACGGGGCGAACCGACGCCGAUACCGCGACGAAUACCUAAACUUUAAGCGACAUGGGGCCCUGCAUGAGCGUUCUCGAGGCCGCGGGCGUGAACCUCGCGGCGUUACCGCCCACGGGACCGUACGCGAUGUCGAGCGAAGAAUCGCUGUCGUUCUUGACGAACGCGGCGACGUUCGACAGCAACGGUGCCGGGAAACCGUUCGGUAAGCUCGUUCAACUGCGCGGCGGAUCGCACACGCUCGCCAAGGCGUUCGGACUCGCGCCGGGAGGGACGCACAAUUGCUUCAUGUACGUCGACAAGGCGGAGUGCAAAAUAUCUAAAGACGCCAAGCCCUUGAACGGGGCCACGAUCGACGUGAGCGACGGUGAGCUGCAACUGUGGUACUGCCAAGGCGCCGCGAUAUCGAUGCCGGUGGCGUGCGUGAAAGUCAACGGCGGCAGCGCGCGAGCGAUUUUACCCCGAUUGCACGCGGUGGAUUUGUACGUCGAAAUCGACGGCAAGGCGUACGCCGACGGGCACGUGUGCUACGGCAGCGACGCGAACUUGUCGCGCGACAAGGCGAUCGAUGCGGCGGUGAAGAACACGUUUGAAGGUGAACUUUGGAUGAAGGACUUCUUGAAGAAAGGCCCAUCCGAUGGUUCCAAGCCGUGGGCCACCAUCGUCAAGGAUGAGCGUUGGGGCGACGACGACGGGUACGUGUACUUGCCGCUCAUGGCUAACGAUGUUGACAACGCUUUGAUGGGCGACGAUAAGCUCACGUAUGUGCACAGCUUGAUGUCCAAAUGGGCCCAGCUGAUGGGCAAGAUCGGCGCCGGCGCGCACAGCUUCACCGUUCGCAUCCGUCCGCGCGGCGUUAUUUACAAGGACGAAGACGGCGCGCCCAUGUUCGACUCCAUCGGCGGUGGUAGCGACGAUAACGACGCUGUCUUGGGAAUGUGCGGGCAACAUCUCACCGAUCCCAACGCGCCGGGCAUGAGCGCGACCUGGACUAUGACACUCGACGCCGCGCAGGCGAGCGGCAAGGGACCCGUUCGCAAGGCUCAGGAAUUCACCAACUGGCCGGCGGGCGAAAUCGAAGAAUGCAUCGAGAUGGCGAUGGAUUUCGCCAAUAAGGGUGUGUGCGGUCGAAAGGCGGCUGAGAUGGCGCCCAAAUCGAAGUGCUGCCACAUCAUCUUGUCCGACGGCGAUCAAGGGUCGGGCAUCAAAACUGCGCGGUACGGCAACGGCGAGCGCGAAUAUGACUUUUUCUGCGCGUGGGCGUUGUUUAAGAACGCCAACGGCAAGCCGGAUUCUCUCGGCGCUCAGAUCAAGUUCGUCGUCAAGAAGAAGAAGAUUGUCAAUUUCCGACCUGUGGACGAGGACUGGCAUUCCGCCGGUUUCGAAACCGCGGCCGUCGGCGUCGAAAGCGUCACUGGUUUGACGAUCACCAACGCGGAAAUCGACGCCGCAAUCGCACGCGAUGCCCAGUACUACUGAAACUGCUGACGCGACUUCAAGACAUGUGCCCACCAUCGCUGGCACAACCCCUCGCAUAUCCAUACUAUAAUCCACGCUUGAGUCAUUUUGAUUAGCACUUGAUCGCUCGCGGCGCUAGCGCU